UACUGUAUAUAAUGUGUUUGAUAUUAUUCAUAUCAAUCAUACAGUAUAUACAGUAUAUUCAUAUUUAUAAUUAAUUUAUCGUUUUUUUGUUGUUGUUGUUAUUAAAUGAUAUUAACUUUUUGUUUGUAGUUUAAGAUUUCGGGUGCUGUUGUCAACAUCGGAGACCCAUUAGUGGACACAAUCGGUGAACACAAUCGGUGAACACAAUCGGUGGACACAAUAGUUCAUAAAGUCGACAGACAUUUGAACCAAAUAUUUCAAAUAAUGGGAUAUCAUUUUGAAUCAAUAAAAAAAAAUUCAUACAAAAUAUAUGUACUUUAAGUUUUAAGAUUUCGGGUGUUGUUGUUAACAUCGGAGACCCAUUCGGUGGACACAAUCGGUGGACACAAUCGGUGGAUACAAUCGGUGGACACUAUAGUUCAUAAAGUCGACAGUCUUUUACCGGAAUUCAUUCCGAAGACAUCUGAAACCAAAUAUUUCAAAAUAUACUAUCACUCGAUUGGUAACAACAACAACCCUCCGCCCCAUACAUACUAGGACUUGACAUACAUCAUACACAUACCCGUCCCAUAUCUAUACACACACACACACACACACACACACACACACACACAAUGUCUGCUGAUUGUAUCUGUACUACUGGUUAUGCUAAAAACUAUUCAUAUAGACUAAUAACCAAACAAUUAGAUGCCAACCCCAGUGCUGGCCAUGAUUUUCUAUACAAGUUUUGCGAUAGUUGUUAUACUAAUAUAUAUGGAUAUACCUUAUUGGGUGCGGCCGUCAACGGUUAUGUCCAUACAGACAAAAAUAAUCUGACACUAAGUUUACGUGAAAUUAAUACAUCAAAUAAUAGCACUAUUAGGCAAUAUUUAGCUAAUGAUUUAAUUCAAUGGACGGGUAGUUGGGAUCGUCGAUUUGAGAUUAUAGUUGAAUCAAUUACAAUGAAACUAACGGUCUCACCAUCCAUAGCACUCAAUCAAUCGGAUCUAAACAGUAUUAUUUUGGAUUAUUGUAUAUCACCGAAAAAUACCCAAACAAUUGGCCAAUUAAGACAAGAGUUGGCCAAUCGGUACGGCUAUCGGAUUAAUAAAUUGUAUUUAACUGAUAGUAGUAGUAGUAGUAGUAGUAAUAGUAGUCGUAGUAGUCGUCAAUUAUUAGAUGAUAUGUCCAUUGAAAAUGUCUGGUUUUUCGACAAUAUUGCCAACAGUUUGAUUAAUGUCGUACCAAAAUCAAUGUCCUGUUGUGACUAUUGUCUAAAGGAUGUAAACAACCGUCAGUAUUAUUGUCGGAUUGACAUCAAACAGAUCGACCCAAACAACAACAGUAGCGGUGAUUCAGAUUUUAAAUACCUGUUUUGUCGACACACCGGAUGGGUUAGAGUUAAGGAUAUAUACUAUGUAUGUGUCGAUGGAUAUAACGAAACAGAUAUUAGUUUAGAGAUACGCAACACUAAUCAGUCAAAUGAUACCAAUGAAUGGUUAAGUUUGGAUCAGUUCAUUGAUUUUACUGAUUAUAUCGACUAUACCGACGAACAGAAACGGACGGGUAGUAUUCGGUUUGAGAUUCGGGCCAUUAAAGUGACGGUUAACGUGUCGUUGGCUCGACUGAAACACACAAACAAAUUGGUAGAUAAUCAUCAAUCACUCGUACCGUUAAAUAUAUUGCCGAUACAAACCACGACUGUCGGUGAAUUGAAACAACAGUUAGCCCUAAAGUAUAUGUUUGAAACGGAAACCGUUUCGUUGUAUUUGUCGGAUACGGACACCAAUGAACCGCAUGACAACCGCCUGCUAACCGAUGACCAACCCAUAGCUAAUGUCUGGUUUUAUGGUUAUUAUAGCCGUAGUGUUAUUAACAUUGUAUCGACAAAAGGUGUUAAAUAUUUGACUGAAGUUAUCAACCGAUCAAAUGAUCUAAUCAUCGAAAAGAUGACAACACUGUUAUUAACGGCUAAUGGCGGACAAACUAUUGCCAAUCAAUCCGCUGAUGCCAUCACUGAUGCUGUCAUUACAGCCAAUAAAGAUUGGUCUGCAAAGAUGACUGAAUUGUCGACCACUUUAUCGGACACAAUAAGAGACUGUUUUACUGAACAAACCAAAGCCAUCAUCGCUGCCAACAAACACAACAGUGAUGUAAUAACCGGAAAACUAAUGACAGGUCUCGCAAAUCAUACCAAACAUACUAUCAAUGCUUUGGCACUGAGAGACAAAUAUUUUGCGGCCGAUAUAUUGGACUCGGAAACCAAUAGCCAAUUGACUUGCAAUGAAUCUGUAUUAGACAACAUUAAUAAUGAUGAUAACGAUGACGAUGACAGUCAACUGGCCGACCAUUUACUGGAUACCGAAGCUGUAGUAGUGGUCAACCAGCACAAGGAAGAGGAGGAGAAGGAGCAGCAGUAGCUCAGGUACUCUGAGAGACUACAGGAGCUACUGAUGAAUGAUAUGCAAUGAAAUGCAAAUGCAAAUUACAAUAUUGGAUAAAACAACGAAAAAUAAAUAAGUAGUUAUUAUUAUUAU